AUGAUUAUGGAAGUCAAACCGUAUACUGGAGGCACUUUUCAGAAGAUUGGCUCCGAAGAAUCGCACACGGUUGAGACUUACGAGAGGAAGAUUCAUGGAACCGAGAGCUCGGAGCCUCAAAGACAGCUCAGCUCAAAGCAGUACACUGAGAGGCGAACUUAUGGACGAGACGAGAAUGGAGAUAUUGUUGUGAAAGUGGAAAAAAAUCCAUCCGAGCCCGUCCGCCCAGUCUCUCCAGUCUCUCCAGUGAUGCCCGUGGGAGAGCUGGCAAACUCUGACCUUCUUCGACCCGUUGAACCCCUCCGACCAUUGUCGAUCCCGAGAAUCGAGCUCAAAAAGAACACCCCAUCACCGAGAAGCCCAAAAAGCCCGCGAAGUCUCUAUUAUGGAGACGAAUUGGUGGCUGAUGUCGGUGAGCGGCGAUCGAUUUCCCCGAGAUCCGUUCGAUCGGGUCCAAUCUCGCCGAGAAGCAAUGCAAGUGGAGGAUCGGUUGGAAGUCAAUCAGCGAUUCCGAUGAAAAAGGUGAUCACAAAGAAAAGACUUGUCUCGAUUCACGAUGGUCGACCGAUUAGCCCUUUCGUUGAAACGAUCACAUGGGAACCCGCCUAUCCGGAUAGAUACAGCAGGUUAGAUACUCACGAC